AUGAGCGGCCUCCGGAUAUUGGUGCCCAUCAAGCGGGUGAUUGACUAUGCGAUCAAACCUCGCAUCAACAAAGCCCAAACCGGCGUGGAAACUGCCGGUGUCAAGCACUCCUUGAACCCAUUCGACGAACUCUCAAUUGAAGAGGCCGUCCGCCUGCGCGAGCGCAAGGGCCCCAUUAAGGUCGAAGACAUUCUCGCACUGUCCGCCGGUGGCCCCAAAUGUCCUGAUGUGCUGCGCACCGCCAUGGCCAUGGGCGCUGACCGAGCCUUCCACAUCGACGUACCAGAGAAGGGCGACGGCGGCCCGGAGCCGCUGACCAUUGCCAAGAUGCUGCAGGCCGUUGUCAAGGAGCAGAACGUGAACCUUGUCUUGCUGGGCAAGCAGGCCAUUGACGGCGACCAGGGUCAGACUGGCCAGAUGCUGGCUGGUCUGCUCGGGUGGCCCCAAGCCACCCAAGCCAGCAAGGUCGAGAUCAAGGACGAUGCCGGUACCGUCGAGAUUACUCACGAGGUUGACGGUGGUGUUGAGACCCUCCGCGCUAAGCUGCCCUUGGUUAUCACCACCGAUCUGCGAUUGAACGAGCCCCGCUACGCUAGCUUGCCCAACAUCAUGAAGGCCAAGAAGAAGCCCCUUGAGAAGAAGACCCUUGCUGAUUACGGCAUUGAGGAUACUCGUCGGUUGAAGACUGUGCAGGUGACUGAACCCCCCCCACGAAAGGGCGGUGGCAAGGUCGAGGAUGUCGACGGCCUUGUCUCCAAGCUUAAGGAGCUUGGUGCGUUGUAA